UUUUUAGAUGAUGGAUGUUCUGUUAUAUGAUUCAACACUUUGCCGUUUGUGUGCCCAAGAAAAUUCAAACGGAAUAUUAAUAUUUAAUAAUGAUGAAAUUGAAACAGAUUUAUGUAUAUUAAUUAAUAAAUAUAUGCCAUUGAAGAUUGUCGACGAUGGAAAAUUUCCUUGUACAAUUUGUCCAGGAUGUAAUAUCCAAUUAGAGGCAACCAUGCAAUUUUUAGAACUGGUAAUUGCAGGUCAAGCAAAGCUUCGUGAAAUUUUUAAACAACAACAAGAAGAACUUAAACAAUUAGAAAAAGAAGAUGGCGAUAAUUUUUCAACAAUUGAAAGUGAUCCCUUAGAAAUUACUAAUGAUGCACUAUCAGGAACAGUUCAAAGAAUUUUUGUGCAACAGAAUAAUGGUGAAACCGAAGAAAUUUUACUCCAAAUUCUUUCCGAUGGUAAAAUUUAUGGCGACGACCAUGAACAAAGAUUAAAAACUGAGGGGUUGGAUAAACCACGAAGAAAAAGAGGCCGCCCCCCGAAAUCAGCAGCUCCGGUUGAAGAAAAACCUAUUGAAAGUUUAACUAAGAGUGAAGAAACAGUUAAAAAAGAGAUAUCGGAGGAAGAAGAUGAUCAAGAAACGGAUGGUCGCCGAAGACGGCGACGAAAGGUUCCAAGUAGAUAUCGCGAAGCAGUCCAGGGGAAAGAACUAGAACGAAUGUUUCGUGAAGAAGGAGUAAUAGGAGAAAAUGAAUCAUUAGAAGAAGAUGAUAAAAACUCUGAUACCAAACUUGAUAUUACAUUAUUCCCAACUGGUGAUGAAAAAGCUGAAGUAAUCGGACAUUUAGAAACAAAAGAAGGGCAAGAUCUGGGUGAAUUAAUUGUGGCUAAUCGCCCUCAGAAAUCACGACAUCGUGGUAGAUUACGCAAACGUCGAUUCAGAUACGUUUGUGAUGUAUGUUGUAAAGGAUUUCAAAAUCUUGGACGGUUUAAUUUACAUAAAGCUCUACAUAAAGAUGCGAAAUUUGAGUGUGGUACUUGUAAUGAACGUUUUAACUGCAAAGUGGAUUUGCUGAAUCAUAGAAAAGAAACGGAACAUACGGGUGAAUUAAUUAUUGAAAUUUUACCUGAUCAGGCUGAAGCAAGUGAGGAACUGAACAAAGAUAAUACAGACGUUACAUGGAGUAAACUUCAAUGUGAACAAUGUCCAAAAAUAUUUGCUACUAAACAAGGACUUGAAAUACAUUUGAAAGGAGUCCAUGAAAAAAAGCGUCCCUUUACAUGCAGUUAUUGUGAUAAAACAUUUGCAUACAUAGCCAGUUUAAAAUGUCAUUUAUUGUCACAUGAAGUUAAAGGAAACAAAGGAUACCCAUGCGAUAUUUGUGGGAAAAUUUUGAACCAUCCCAGUAGCAUAAUUUAUCAUAAACAAUCCGAGCAUAAUAAUGGUCGACGAUUUGUGUGUAAUAAAUGUAAUAAGAGUUUUAAACAUAAACAAUUAUUACAACGACACCAGUUGGUACAUACAAGCCAACGUCCUUUUGAGUGUAAAACUUGUGGGUCACAAUUUAAAGCUCGAACAAAUUUGAUCAAUCAUGAAUUAAUUCAUACUGGCGUUAAAAAAUACACAUGCGAUAAAUGUGGCCAACAAUUUGCGCAUAAAACCUCCUUAAAAUUACAUUAUCGAUGGCAUAACGGACAAAAACCUUAUCAAUGUGUAUUUUGUGAAAAAUCAUUUUCACAAAAUGGAAACCUUCAAGAACAUAUACGAAUUCAUACGGGUGUGAAACCAUAUGGAUGUGAAUUUUGUGGCCGUAAAUUUACGACAUCUUCACAGCAUAAAUUACAUUUAAAACGUCAUACGGGUGAACGCCCUUGGACAUGUAAUAUAUGCUCAAAAACAUUUUUAAGUAAAGAAACGUGGACGAAUCAUUCCAGACGACAUUUAAGUGAAAAACCGUAUAAAUGUGGUACAUGUAAUCGUGGAUUUGUAGAUUAUAAGGCAUUAAAGAAACAUUUACGUACGCAUACGGGUGAAAAACCCUAUGUGUGUAAUAUUUGUUAUCGCGCAUUUUCUGAUUGUAGUAAUUUGACAAAACAUCGGAGAAUACAUGAGAAAAAUCUGGAUAUGAAAUUGGAUGAAGAAAUUUGGCAAAAAAUGCAAGAAAUUCAUGCGAAUUUUGAUAAAAAAGAUGAGGAACCAGAUUCAUUAUCAUUAAAUAAUGAUGCGAAUCAAAUAUAUUAUGUGACAUAUAACGAAAAUGUGGACGAGAGUCCUCCAAAAACUACCUUACAAUUGGUCGAAGAAUUAGAAGGUUCGAUAAAAUUAAACGAAAAUAACGUUGUCGAUCAACAAAGUAUUGAAAUAAAUGGUGUCGAAUUUACAACAUCGGAUAAUCAAUUACAAGUUACCGAUGAAGAUGGAAAUCCAAUAAAUUUUACAACAAAAGAUGGCCAUGAAUUACGGGUAACUACAUACGAUGGUGAACAAUUACAAGUUACAACACCUGAUGGCACCAUUAUACCGGUUGAAUUGAAUAUUGAAAAUGGACAAGCUAUUGCAGUUGAGAAAACAAAUGAUCAGGAUGAUGAAACGAAUGAGAUUAAAUUACAAGUAAAUGAAAUAAGUUCAGAUGAAUUGGGUGAAAAUCAAACGUUUGAAUUUUUAACACAAGAUGGCCUUAAAGUUCAAUUGAUUACUACUAAAGCGGAUUUAGAAACUGAAUAUUUAAGUGUUGUUUAA